AGCGUCUCCCCGAACGCACCCGUAAUGCACAAGAAGCCAUGCGACGAUCGACGAUGCCACUCUCACUAGUCUUACUCUGACGCGGCGAUGCUACUCGUGUCGUGAUACUCGUGAAUUUGUGAUUGUGUCUAUUUAGUAGUUUCCAUUGUCCAUUCAUAGCAUUCAAUAACCGGUAUGCACGAUGAAGAAACAUGAAGAAAAUUAUGAAGCUUCGGAGCAAUAGCAAGGUUGGAUCUGGUUAAAAGCAAUCUUGGGAAAUCAAAUAAAACGAAUAAGCCAGUGAUAAAUGUUAAAAGAGGUAUCAGCCACUGCGCUAAACCUACAAAAGCAAAGACGAAGGGAUAGAGGAGAGACGAGGAGUCUUUUUCGUGAUUUUAGAAUUGGAAUCUACGAUAAAAUAAACUCUCUUGAACGUUGGACAUUCCGGACUCAGUGCAUCAUGGUCAUCUUUUAUCUUCAGGUUAUAAAAUAAUGCUGAAAAGAAAAACGGAUUAAUCAUGUUUCUUUGAGAUAAGCAAGAGCAGCGGAUUAAUUGUGUCUCAUGUCAAAAGGAAGAGAAGUCUCUUUAUCUUUUUCAAGCAGCAUAGAAUGGAUACACACGGAGCAAUGUCUCGCAACAUUGGGCCUAGUCUUCACGAUUUUCUUGUGGAAGCUGAAUUACAACAAUAUUAUCCCGGUAUUCGAGGGGACUUGAAAGUCCAAACAACAGCACAAUUGAAAUAUGUAACGGAAGAAGACUUGAACGCGAUAGGGAUGAGCAAGCCGGAGAUGCGCCGUCUAAAGAAAUAUUUUCAGAAGUACUUUCCUCAAACAUACCUAUCCAAAUUUAAAAAAUUGCUGUUAUCGAAACGCGAGGAGCAAUCUUCUACUGCACUGGGUAUAUUACCAGAGGAGAGACAAGAUAAGCCAACGGUGCGCGUUCCCAACAAACACAUGAUUCCGGCCGACGCGAUUAUUGUAAACAAGGAACUUGGUACCGGUGAAUUUGGAGUCGUGCAGCAAGGAGUGUGGACGAACGAUGGAGAAAGGAUUCAAGUUGCGAUUAAAUGUCUGUCGCGGGAGAGAAUGCAGAACAAUCCUAUAGAGUUUUUGAAGGAAGCCGCGAUAAUGCACGCAAUUGAUCAUGAACAUAUCGUGCGGUUAUACGGCGUCGUGCUCGACACAGACUCAUUAAUGCUUGUCACAGAAUUGGCUCCGCUACGGUCGCUGCUCGAAUGUCUUAAAGAGCCUAGUUUGCGUGCGAGUUUUCCUGUCCUAUCACUAUGCGAUUUCGCCCUGCAAAUCGCUGAUGGGAUGCAGUAUUUAGAAGCAAAAAGAUUGAUACAUCGUGAUCUUGCUGCCAGAAAUAUUCUUGUGUUUUCCAAGAAUAAGAUCAAAAUAUCGGAUUUCGGGUUGUCGCGCGCGCUAGGCGUCGGCAAGGAUUAUUAUCAAACGAAUUUUAAUGUCAAUUUGAAAUUGCCUAUCGCGUGGUGCGCACCCGAGUGUAUAUCUUAUCUGAAGUUUACGUCCGCGAGCGAUGUCUGGGCGUACGGAGUAACGCUCUACGAGAUGUUUAGUUACGGAUUUCAGCCCUGGGCGGCGUUAACUGGCCAUCAAAUUCUCGAGGCAAUAGACGAACCCAAUUUUCAGCGACUGGAACAACCCGAAUGCUGUCCGAAGGAUUAUUUUGCUUUGAUGCAACAAUGCUGGCAGCACGAACCUUCUAAGAGGCCCAAAUUCUCCGAAUUAGUUAAUUUAUUGCCCGAUUUGAAGCCUGAGCAAGUGCAAGCGGUUCAGGACACCACUAACGAAUCUGGUCUGCUUGUUUACAGGCAGAGCGAUAUAAUCACAGUUUUGGAUAAAGGAAGCAACACUUUGUGGAAGGGCGUUUUAAAUAAUGGCAAAACAGGAUUUUUUAAUCCAGCUCACACAAUCGCGUAUCUUGGUUCGAAUUUGCCUAGCAACAAACCCGGUGAAUUUAUGCGUGGAGAUGGUAAAAAUGCCUUCUCCUCGCAGCGUAGAAAAAUUCGAACAGACAUGAUAUCUUCGCCGCAGGGCGAUCUCAAGCACACCGGUCACGUGGGUUUGGAUGGAGCAUAUUUUGGUGACAUUAGCUUUCUCGGUGGAAAGUAUCCAAAUUUACCUCGUCAGGUUGUAACGCCAUAUAAACCGCAGGAGGAUGCAACUGAUAAUUCUAGCCAAAUUUCAAAUCAGGAUGCGAGAAGCGUAGAUACAAAUAGAGACUCGACAAGGGAAACUAGAGGCCUGCAACAAGAGGCUCAAAAUAAACAUGAGAGCUUAUGGUCUGAUAUGAAUUCGGAGAUAUGCCAUGUAACUACUGACAACAACGCGAGCAAGCAAACCAUGACAUCCAAUGUAGAUAGUAAUAUCGAUAAUCUCGGAGCUAACCAUGAAUACCACGAAAUCAGUGAUGAAGAAAACCAAGAUAGUCCAUUAAGAUUUGAUAAGACGUUAAAUUUAGAUUUUGGUCCGAGUCUUUUGGCAGAAAUGGAUCAAAUGUUCAGAUCAUUAGGUUCUUCUCCUCCUCCACCGCCACCUGGCCAUCCUUUAUCUACUGAACAUGAAUCGAGUAAUGCAAGAAAUGAAUUAAGAGAAAUGCAAGCGAAACAAUAUAACAAGAAAAAACAAGCCACCGUGAGUCCAAUAAAUGUGAAGCCUAUCUCAGCUGCUGAUCAGAAAACUCUCUAUUCAGCCAUUGCUAUGGCACAGGAAUUGACAGCGCGUUCCAUGACAGAUCUUGAAUAUCCGCCGGAAUCACCCCGUACACCUGCCAGUCCUUCAAGACGUAGAAAAUUUUCUUUUAAGUUGCCACAUCAACACAGUCCCAAACCAGACAGACGACACUUUUGUGAAGAAGCUGCCAGUAUACCUGACAUACAGGUACAUAAAAUUGAUUUUUUGUUUUAUUUAAAUAUCUUUAAUUUAUCUUAAAACACAUUUAUAUACAAGAUUAAACCUACAAUUAUAGAAAACACAAUAGAAAAAUUUUAAAUAUAUUUUUAUUGUUAUUUAAUUAGCAUGCAAAUAUUUUUUAUAAUUUUAAUAUUAUUAAAAAUUCUGCAAACUUUACAAUUUUAAAAUGUGACAAUGUAACAAUAACGUACUAAAAAAAGAAAAUUUUAUAAUAAAAAAUAUAAAAAAUAGAUGAAAUUAAUUUUUAAUUAUAAAUAAGAUUUUUAUAUAUGUUUAUUUAUUGUUUGAUGUAAAUUAAUGUUUUUUUCAAGUCAUUUAAUCCUAUAAUAGGAACAAUAUUAAAAUUGUUUUCUUGUUUUUUUAAUUAGGCAUUGAAGAAGCACCUUUUAGGCAUUUUUUAAGACAAAAA